GCCUUGACUGCAUACGUCCACAACUGUUCCUCAACAUGGCUUCUGCUUCUGCCACUGGAAAGUUGUCUCGUGAGGAGUUUCGACGGCAGAAAGACCUCGAUGCGGCGCGGAAGGCUGGUACUGCCCCGGCAGCCCUCGAUGAGGAAGGGAAAGCCAUCAACCCUCACAUUCCUCAAUACAUUGCUCAAGUGCCAUGGUAUCUCGACACCGGCAAACCCACUCUGAGCCAUCAGCGCAUGCCCGACUACGACCGCUCCGCCGACAAGCUCGACAACUGGUACGACCGCGGCGCGAAGGCGGGGCCCGCCGCGAAAAAGUAUCGCAAGGGCGCGUGCGAGAACUGCGGUGCGAUGACGCACAAGCGGCAGGACUGCCUCGAGCGGCCGCGCAAGAAGGGCGCAAAGUUCACCAACAGGGACAUCGCGCCGGACGAGGUCAUCCAGGACGUUGCGUCGGGCUACGAUGCGAAGCGCGACCGCUGGAACGGGUACGACCCCGCGGAGCACAAACGUGUGUACGACGAGUACGCGGCGGUCGAGGCGGCGAGGCAGAAGCUCAGGGAAGAGGAGAUCGACAAGCGGACGACAACGGACCUCGCGGCGGUGCGGAAGGUGGCGAAGGCGGGGAAGGAGAAGGCUGAGGGGAAGGACGACGAUUUUGGGAGCAGCGAGGACGAAGACGAGGAUCAGGACAAGUAUGCGGAGAGCGCGGACGCGGUGGGCCAGAAGCUGGACACGAAGACGCGGAUCACAGUGCGGAACCUGCGUAUUCGUGAGGAUACCGCGAAGUACCUCAUCAACCUGGACCCGUCAAGUGCAUACUACGACCCCAAGACUCGUUCUAUGCGCGAGAAUCCGAACAAGGGCGUUCCACCAGAGGAGUCAAAAUUCGCGGGCGAGAACUUCUUGCGCUCUUCCGGCGAGGCUCCCGAGGUGCAGAAGCUUCAGCUGUUCGCAUGGAACGCUGCGGCGCGGGGAAACGACGUCCACGUGAACGCACUCCCGACACAGGGCCAGUUACUGCACUUGCAAUACGUCAAAAAGAAGGAAGAGCUCAAGGACACUACGAAAGUCAGCAUCCUCGCGAAGUACGGCGGAGAGGAGUACCUGCAGAAGGCACCGAAGGAGCUGCUGCAGGGUCAGACGGAGGAGUACGUGGAAUACUCUCGGACGGGCCAGGUCAUCAAGGGCAAGGAGCGGGCCAAGACAAGGUCAAAGUAUCCAGAGGAUGUCUACGUCAACAACCAUACUGCCGUGUGGGGUUCGUGGUAUGAUGUUGCUACGGGCAUAUGGGGCUACGCAUGCUGUCACUCCUCUAUACACAUGUCGUACUGCACGGGCGAGGCAGGUAUUGAGGCGGCGCACGCAUCUAGUGCACAGCAGCUCUUGGAGUCCGCGCCGCCCUCAUCCUCCAUGCCACCACCGCCCGUGCCUUCAAGCAGCGUUGACGAACGCAAGAAGAAGGCCGAGGAGCUAUUCUCGAAGAAGCGGCUGGGCGAGGGUGACCUCUCGCUCGACCACGACAAGCUUUCAAAAGCCCUUAGCGAGGAACGGAAACGGAAGGCUAGGGGAGAUGACGAUGACGACCGCGGAGGGAAGAAGCCAAAGGGAGGUCUGGGCAAGAGCUAUGAGGUGUCGGAGGAAGAGCUCGAGGCGUACCGGAUGAACCGGCGGAUGACUGAGGACCCGAUGGCUAACUAUGUGGACACGGAGGCCUGAGAGGGACAGUGUACCGAUAUGUCGCUGCUGUACGUUACUUACUGGUUUGGUUUCAUUGUAUGAUUGAACUGCGAUGUCUGCCAAGACUGUUGUCUUCAUGUCAUCUUCUUCCUCACCGCUAUAUCAUCUCCCC